UGUAUGUGUGUCUGUCUGUCUGGACUGUGUGUAAUUGUGCAUGUCUGUCUGGACUGUAAUUGUGCAUGUCUGUCUGGACUGUGAUUAACUGUGUGUGUGUGUGUGUGUCUGGACUGUAUGUAAUUGUGUGUAUGUGUCUAUCUGGACUGUAAUUAUGUGUGUGUGUGUGUCUGGACUAUGUGUAACUGUUUGUGUGUUCAUUUGGAGUGUGUAUAUUUGUGUGUAUGCUGCAGUAUACCUCAGGCUGGUGACAGUCCUGAGGGCCCAGGAAAACUUGGAAGCUUCCUGUCCUUUUCUAUUAUCAUUCCGUGCAGAGGGUCUUUUCCCCCCAGGUCAAGGAGCCACAAUUGGAGUUGAUUUUAUGAUCAAGACAGUGGAGAUUAAUGGUGAAAAAGUAAAGCUACAGAUUUGGGACACUGCAGGUCAAGAGAGAUUUCGCUCUAUCACCCAAAGUUAUUACCGAAGCGCCAAUGCCUUGAUCCUUACCUAUGAUAUCACCUGUGAGGAAUCCUUCCGUUGCCUUCCUGAGUGGCUGCGGGAGAUAGAACAGUAUGCCAGCAAUAAGGUCAUCACUGUGUUAGUGGGCAACAAGAUUGACCUGGCUGAAAGGAGAGAGGUCUCCCAGCAGAGAGCAGAAGAAUUUUCUGAGGCUCAGGACAUGUAUUACCUGGAGACUUCAGCCAAGGAAUCUGAUAAUGUGGAGAAACUCUUCCUUGACUUAGCAUGCCGACUCAUCAGUGAAGCAAGACAGAACACACUGGUGAACAAUGUAUCUUCACCCUUACCCGGAGAGGGGAAGAGCAUCAGCUAUUUGACUUGUUGUAAUUUCAACUAAAGGCUGAGAGGCAAAGAGAAUCAAAGGGAAUCAGUAGUUGCCUUGGUGGGCCGUAUGUUGCUAGGGAAUCUGGCAAUGACUAUGGCUCCCUCUCUUGGACCUUCUGACUCCUGUAGGCUCCAGAGCUUACAAAGCAUGCAGGCCAAGGGCCUUGCCUGCAGGCCAGCAUUAGCAGAACACAUAAUGGUUUCACCCUUUUGCAAUCUGGCAUUGGAGCAAGGAGAAAAUUGCACUAAGCGCUCCAUGAUCUGCAGAGCAUGUUGCUUUUGUUUUUAAAAAAGCAAGUAAAAAUGCAUUCCUGAACACAGUGCAGGGGAUCAUAUGCUGUAGGAAUCUCUCCUGCGUGUCAGCGGGUGCACGUGGGGCUGUUUUUUAGGCUUCAGUGGUAAUUUGGUGCCAUGGUUUUCUUGUCUACCAGGUAAACCAAAACUGGAAAUGCCAAGUACUGUCUCUGUAGUACUUACUGAUGACUCCAUGGAGAUUUUGAAAAGUGUUAUUUCUUUUGUCCACAAGCACUUUCAAAACCUUUGGGAUGUAAAAAUGGAAACUCUUCUCAUGACCAACAGUAAAAAUUAUUGUUUAAUAAUAUAUACAAGCUCCAUGACUCUUUGGUGCUAAUGAGUAUGCUAUUUCACAGACCAAACAUUUUAGUACAUUGAUACCCUUAGAUAUAUUACCUAGAAAUAAAAUGGGGGAAAUCCAUGAAUCAACAGUCUUUUUCAGAGUCUCAUUACCACCUUUUCUAGGAUUGGUUUGGACAUGAGAAUCCUUUUUCUUUCAUAUUCUUCUUGAAAUUUCUUAAUUUUCUUUUAUUCUUUCAUAGUUUUCCUGCCCUUUAAGUAAAUCAAAGUCUAAAAAAAAAAAAAAUAGGGAAAAAUCCAAGUGGAUGAUGACAUUCUAAUGAAGAACAUUAGUUGUAAGACAUUUUGAGUAGCAUGAAAAAUCAGAGCAGACAUGACCAAAAUACUGUGGAAUAUGGACUGACUGCAAGAGCCAGGUUCCAGACAGCACAGUCCUCUGUAACAGGUCACACCUUUUCUUUUCUGGAACUAUCCUUGGGUAGACCAAGGUUUAGAAUUUUGUAGACAUUUUUAGUAUAAUAAAGUGAGAACAGCAACAGAUGAAAAGUCUCACAAACCUUUUUUGUAUCUUCAGUGAACUUAGGAAAGUCCUGCUCAGGAAGCAGGCUGAGUUGUCAUGUAUUAUAUUAAUGUUGACCAUACAUUCUUUUCCCUUUACCUUUUUUUCCCUGGUAUCUCUGUAUAGCUUUCUUUUUCCUACUCCUUUUUCUCUUUCCUUUCCAUGCUGGUAUGCAUGUGUUACUGGAAAUCUCCAAUUCAAAUGGAGGUAUAUAUGCCUUUACUUAGCCAAUUAUAAAACAGGACUCAAAUUGGAAGACAUGCUGCUUAAUGAGUUCCUGUUUCUUCAGCGCCAUGCUUUGAUACCUUCCAAUUUGUUCACUGUCAUCAGAGCAAAUUGCGACAGUAAAUUAAAUCUGUAUGCUGUUGAUGUUGUCAGGUGAUUCUGUAGCUUGCUGUAUAGCAUAACUGAGUGAUGAAUCAUUGAAUGAGGAUAUGACAUGUAAUUCCACUGUUGGUAUUGAUGGUGAUAAUCUUGGACCUGACAUGUCACUCUUGGAAAGCUACUGAAUUGUAAAGCAGUGAGUCAACACAGCAGGAUAUUGAUAACACAUUUCUAGCAGAUUCUGUAAUAUCCAAUCUCUUUCACAUGUAUUAUUUCCAGUCAUUGGUAUUGUGACUGGGUCACUAUGCUUUUCUUAAUUCUAUAGGAAAGAGAAAGGCUUCCUAAAAGUUUGGGCUGCUUUUCCUUUAUACAGGAAGAAAGAAAUCACUUUAAUGAAAAUAAAAAUCAUGCAUAAUUAGUUACCUUUACUUCUCUAUUAAGCCAGCAACUAAAGGCAUCAGAAGAUAAACUAAUCAAGGUUACAGAAAAUUUAUCUUUUUACUGUGAAUUUUCCUAAAUUUAGAUUUAUUAAUUUUCUUUACUGCAAAAUUCUGAUCUCAGCAUAUGAUGACUCAGCCUUGUCUCACAGCAGUAUUUUAAGAAUAAUGUGUUGUGAACUUCAAGGGCUUUGUUAGAUUGGACUAAUUUAGCUCCAGAAUAACAGCUUUUGUGGUCACAUUAUUGUUAUGUUAUUUGCAUUGCUUAGGGAUUAUGACAUCCCAUCUGCCCCUUCAGGUUCAGAAGGAGCUUCAAGAGCCCUACUUCAGGUCUCUGUCCCCCUGGGCCUCCAUGUCUUUCAGUGAAUCAGUCACCAACACGACCAUUUAGUGUGGCCCCAUGAGAAGCUGGGCCCUUAUGUUCCACAGUUCCAUGAAUUUAAGAUCAGGCAUUUGGAUAUUCAGUGAUGUAUCUCAAGUUUGAGAACAAUCCUUUACAAUAUUGUAGGUGCAAUAAAUACCAGUCGAAUAAAUGAUUCAGUGCCAAGA